CGUCCCGAGAACCAGAGGAGGCCAAGAAACAGAGCAAGGAGCACGUCCUCGACCGCCUCGCCAUCGCCAUGGCCGGCUGCUGCGCCUUCCUUCGGUGGCCGUCGACCUUGCACUCCCGCCUCGGCUACCGCCCCCUCGACGAAGAGCCCGGCAACGCCGCGGGACCGUCUCUGGCGACGGUCGUGGUCGGGAAGGAGCGGCGGAUGUUCUCGGUGGACCAGCUCGUGCUCGACUCCUACCCGUUCCGGGUGCUCCUGGAGACGGUGGCGAGAAAGGAGGAGCGGAGGGGCAGGGCCAUCUUCGUUGACGUCGACGCCAUCCUGUUCGAGCACAUCCUCUGGCUCGCCUGCGACGGGCGGUCCGUCUCGCAGCUCCUGCAGCUCGACCUCAAGGAAAUCAUCGACUUCUACUCCCAGGACGCGUGAUUCUGGUCCUUCCUGCCCGUCCUUGCAUGCGGCUCCUGAUUUCUUGAUCGUUUCUCUUUUGUUUUUUCGCUCUUCCUCUUAUUAUUAUUAUGCUAAUGUGCAUAUUGAUGAUCAAUUGGUACAAUGAUACUGUUGGCAAUGGAAAACUGGAAAUAGUGAAGACUUGGUUGAUAGCCAUUUUCUGA